AUGGAACUUCUUAAUGGGACCACAGUGCAGGAAUUUAUUCUUCAGGGCUUCGGAGUUGGACAACAGGGACGCCUGCUUCUCCUGAUCCUCUUCACAGCCGUCUACACCCUUACUUUGGCUGAGAACUUUAUCAUCAUCAUGCUAGUCACUCAAGAUGCUCACUUGGCCCGUCUUCCCAUGUACAUCCUGUUGAGCAACUUCUCAUGGCUAGAGAUGUGCUAUGUGAGUGCCACGGUGCCACGGAUGCUUUAUGACUUCUCCUUUCCAGGUGGCGUCAUCUCCUUCCAAGCCUGCUUCCUCCAGUUUUACAUCUUCUUCUCUCUCGGGACUAGCGAAUGCCUAUUCCUCUCAGCCAUGGCCCUGGACCGCUUUUUGGCCAUCUGUUGCCCACUGCGCUAUCCACAGAUCAUGUCCCCAAAUUUCUGCUAUGCAUUAGUGGGUGCUUGCUGGUUUGUUGGCUUCCUGUGGUAUGUUGUACCAGUGAUUUUGAUCUCCAGGUUGUCCUUCUGUGGUGGCAACACCCUCAAUCAUUUUGCGUGUGAUUCUGGCCAACUCCUAGCCUUGGCCUGCCCCCCACUUGGGUACCUUCCUCUCUUCUGCUACAUUGUCACAUCUUCUGUGGUUCUGGCCACCUUCCUGUUCAUCGUGGUCUCCUAUGUGGGUAUAGUUUUUACUCUGGUGAAAACAUCUAGCCAAAGCUCUGGUACCAAGGGCUUUUCUACAGUGUCUUCCCAUCUGGCGGUGGUGACCCUCUUUUAUGGAUCUGUAGUUGCUAUGUAUAUAGGGCACAGUGGAGAAAGUAAUACAGAGAAUACUAAAGUAAUGACACUCUUCUACUCUGCCAUUGCACCUCUGCUUAAUCCCUUGAUCUACUGCCUCAGGAAUGAUCAGGUAAAGGAAGCAUUGCUCAGGUUGUUGAAAAGGAAGAGGCUGGGUUAG